CACGUGACGCGGGCUCCAACCGUUCUAUUUUGCUGGGCCAACAUUUCCACACGUUUCCCCCACCACACUCUUUCCCGCAAAAAAUGGUUUCCACCGAAUUCACCGCCAAAGCCGAAGCCGUCAACGCCUUGACCAAACGCCCUUCCGAUGACGAAUUGUUGAGCUUGUACGGUUUGUACAAGCAAGCCACUGUUGGCGACAACACCACGGCCAAGCCGGGCAUGUUCGACUUGAAGGGCAAGUACAAGUGGCAAGCCUGGGAGGACUUGAAGGGCACUUCGCAAGCCGACGCCGAGGCCCAGUACAUCGAGUUGGUCAACAAAUUGCUUGCCCAAUACGAGUAGAUGCAUCUCGUGCCGGGGUUCCAGCGGCCUGUGUGGCCUCUCAGCCGUAGCUACGAUACAUACGCCCAAUAUAAAUCUGAAUAACAAACUCGUAGGUCUGGCGUGCUCAAUGUGCACGCGGCAUGGGCUUUCUCACCUUUUUCGUUUGCGUCUUUUCGACGCGCCGUUUCGCC